UUUUUUCGAUAAUUGUUUGUUAGAUCCAUGCAAAUGUACCUCCCAGGCUUCGCAACAACCCGCGGUAUGGAUUGAUAUGGCCACCAUCAAGCCCAUCGAGGGCCGCUCCGUACAUCAGAUCCAGUCCGGCCAAGUGAUCGUCGACCUCAACUCUGUGUGCAAAGAGUUAGUAGAGAACAGUCUGGAUGCAGGCGCCACUUCCGUCGAAGUUCGCUUCAAAAACAAUGGACUUGAUGCUAUAGAAAUCCAGGAUAAUGGCAGCGGCAUUGCCCCCGAAGAUUACGAUACGAUAGCCCUCAAGCACUACACCUCCAAGCUCUCAACUUACGACGACCUUUCCUCUCUCAAUACGUUCGGUUUCCGAGGCGAGGCACUUUCCUCACUAUGCGCUCUUUCCAAGUUUCAUAUUAUUACGGCGCGAGCGUCGGAUGGUGCAAAGGGGACCAAGUUGGAGUUUGAACAGUCGGGGAAGCUCAAGAGCACUUCAGUGGUCGCGGCGAAGCAGGGCACAACAGUCGUCGUCGAAUCUUUAUUUCAUAACCUGCCUGUAAGGCGGAAAGAGCUGGAGAAGUCAAUCAAACGAGAGUACAACAAGGUGCUGCAAUUGCUGCAUGCAUAUGCUUGCAUCAGCGUCGGAGUCAAAUUUAGUGUGAGCAGUCAGAUGCCCAAAGGGAAAAAGACAGUGGCUUUCUCCACCAACACGAAUCCGAACACGAAGGAAAACAUAGCCAACGUUUAUGGCGCGAAGACACUCCUUGCUCUUGUCCCGCUCAAUCUCAAGUUUGAGUUGGCUCCCUCAAAUCGCUCGAGUGCCACUCAAAUCCUUCAAUCACAGACCACACAGGGAUCCUCAGGCUCUCGAACAGUGCAAAUUGUCGGUCACAUAUCUCGUCCCGUUGUUGGCGAGGGCCGCCAGACACCAGACCGGCAGAUGUUCUUUGUCAACUCCCGCCCAUGCGCCUUGCCACAGGUGGCCAAGGCUUUCAAUGAGGUCUACAGGACAUACAAUGUCACCCAGUCGGCGUUCAUCUUUGCCGAUAUCAAAUUGGAUACCAAUGCGUACGACGUCAAUGUAAGCCCAGAUAAGAGAACUAUCAUGUUGCAUGACCAGACUGCACUUCUAGAGAGUUUGAAAGAAGCACUAGCAGAUUUGUUCGACCACCAUGAUCAAAGUGUACCGCAGUCACAGCUUAUGGUCAAGCGAACCCCAUCACUUGCUACUUCCAAGGCGUUACUCGGACAGCAACAGGGCAAUACCGAAUAUGUCCCCGAAGAUCGAGAUGAGUCUGACCAGGAUUCCUCAUCACCCGUCAGUGAGAAGCCGCGAACUGAGUUUAUCAAGGCUAGCUUGAUUGAAAGAUUUGCUGGAAGAGAUGCCGAGGAAAGGCCCCCUCCACGCCCUGCUCAACAGAGAACACAAAGUGCUUCAACUGUAAACGUUAAUCUUCCUGAUGAAACAGACAAUUUUUCUGCGAUUGGAAGCGUAGAUAGUCAGUCCCGCGCUGAGUCGACCACCCGGCCAGCAUCCGAUAGGAACUCGGAGUCUCCGCUAUUCGAGCCACAACGUGGGCUCUCCCUUGUACCUGACGGCGCUCAGCAGGUCUCACAAACAGUACACAAUCUGAAUAGCCGACAUUCAUCUCUACAAGCAGUUCCAACCGCGCGGGAUGACGAAGGUGGAGAAGAGGUUGUUUCUGCCAUUAAACAGACUCCCCAAAAACAUCUGUCCCAAAGUACCAUACAAAAUGCGUUCGAUCGAAUGCGGCCAAUGCGCACGCCUACGCAACAAGCUACCAUCACCGUAGGCAACACAACAACUGUAUCGACAGUGGGAAACAGCGGGGAGUCGCGUGCCGCUAAACGGGCUCGAAUCCAUACACCCAAGUAUGGACUGAAUGGCACACCACUCAGUCAAACACCUAAACGGCCAUUGUUUAUGCAAAGCCUGCGCGGGUUUGCUGCACCUGGUACACAGAUGAUGGAUAGCGAUGACGACGACGAAGAUCUUGAGCAAGAUGUUGAGAGUAGCAUGCCAGUCGGAGUUGCACGCUCGCCAUCGCCCGUGAAGCGUCGCAUACGAGAAUUCGAUGGGCCUCGCCCGGACGAUUUCGCUGAAUCUUCUAGCAUGCCUGGUCCUGGAGAUAAUCUUCGUGAAAGAGAUUCUCUUGACGCGGGAUUAACCCGGGCUGAACCGGUAAUUGAUGAAGACAGCUCAGAUGGUGAAUACAUUGAUGAAGGCGAGAAGAAAGCUCGUGAGGAAGCUAGAAUUGCCAAAUCGAUCGCCGAAGCAGAGGAAGCUGCUGCUCGACCCACUGAAGUAAACCUCAAACGAGCAGAUAAACUUACCAAGGUCUCUCAUAAAAAGUACCAAACCAUGCACCUAGAGCGGGCAGUGAAUACCAAGAUAUCUUCAAUCAAGAAGCAAGUUCACGCUCUAACCAUUGCUUUGGAAGAAGCAGAAUCAAAAGCAGAGACCAAGACAGGAAGCGACGGCCUUGAAUCAAACACCCAACUCCCGACAGAAGAUGCAGAGGAACGGCUGUCGCUCACGGUUUCCAAGUCAGACUUCAUGAACAUGCGCAUCAUCGGGCAGUUCAAUCUCGGGUUCAUUCUCACCGUCCGACCGCCCACUUCUUCAUCGCCGUCUGCCGAGAUAUUCAUUGUCGACCAGCACGCCUCGGACGAAAAAUACAACUUCGAACGACUCUCGGCAUCCACAAUACUGGUCCCGCAACGACUAGUCCAUCCUCACCCGCUCGAACUGACAGCAGUCGAAGAGGAAAUCAUCCUCAACCAUGAAGCAAGUCUAGCAGCGAACGGAUUCAAAGUAGACAUGGACGUAUCAGGCGAGAAGCCCGUCGGCCAACGCGCUGCGCUAACGUCGCUCCCCAUGAGCAAAGACGUAACCUUCACGCCCAAAGAUCUAGAAGAACUCCUCGCUCUCAUCCUCGACAACCCCCCUCCUGUUGCUUCCUCUACAUCACCACUCUCUACCCCAUCCUCUUCACCCCUCUCACCUAGCCUUCCAUCAACGAGAAGAUCUGUUCCACCACCACAAUCUACUUCAGCUAUACCAUCAUACACCCCACGACCCAGCAAGAUCCGCAAACUCCUCGCAAGCAGAGCGUGCAGGAGCUCCGUCAUGGUCGGUAAAACGCUCAAAACGACGCAAAUGGAGAAUAUCGUUCGGCACAUGGGUAGUAUGGAUAAACCGUGGUCGUGUCCGCACGGGAGACCAACUAUGCGACAUAUGGUUGGUCUAGGGAAGUGGGAGAGCUGGAGCGAGGGGGAUGGUUUAAGUGGGUUGGGAGAGGUUGGGAUGGGCGUCGAUUGGGGGGAUUGGGUGAAGAGAGAGAAGGGUAUGGAGGAAGAUUGAUUGAUUGAUACGAUAUCCUCGUUAUACCUUUGGGAUGGUUCCUUUUCAUGCGGCGUUGGGGGUUUUUGGAUGGCUUGUGCAGCACUGGGUUGGGCUGUUAUGUUUCAGCUCUUGUCAUCCCUCUUGAGGGGUUUGUCAUGCGAUAUACUGAUUAUCUACAGUGUUAAAGAUGCAUGUUG